GUUUGAGUGAAGCUUAAGAGGACAACAACUUUCUCCUUUGUUUCAAAUAUGGGGAAAAUGGCCUCUCUAGGUGCCACUCUUUUAGUGGUUUUAGUGUCACUUAGCUUAGCAUCUGAAAGUUCAGCAAAUUAUCAAUACUCAUCUCCCCCACCACCAAAGGAGCCAUACCACCCUUCACCAACACCAUAUCAUCCCGCACCGGUUUACAAAUCUCCACCGCCGCUAACUCCGGUUUACAAAUCUCCACCACCACCCAAAGAGCCAUACUACCCUCCACACACUCCGUUGUACAAGUCGCCACCACCACCCAAGGAGCCAUACUACCCUCCACACACCCCUGUCUACAAGUCGCCACCUCCACCAACUCCUGUUUACAAGUCGCCACCACCUCCCAAGGAGCCAUACUACCCUCCACACACCCCAACCUACAAGUCGCCACCUCCACCAACUCCCGUUUACAAGUCACCACCACCUCCAAAAGAGCCAUACUACCCUCCACACACACCAACCUACAAGUCGCCACCACCACCAACCUACAAGUCGCCACCACCACCAACCUACAAGUCGCCACCACCACCAAAUGAGCCAUACUACCCUCCCCACACCCCAACCUACAAGUCGCCACCUCCACCAACUCCCGUUUACAAGUCACCACCACCUCCCAAGGAGCCAUACUACCCUCCACACACACCAACCUACAAGUCACCACCACCACCAAAGGAGCCAUACUACCCUCCCCACACCCCAACCUACAAGUCGCCACCUCCACCAACUCCCAUUUACAAGUCACCACCACCUCCCAAGGAGCCAUACUACCCUCCACACACACCAACCUACAAGUCGCCACCACCACCCAAGGAGCCAUACUAUCCUCCAUACACCCCAACCUACAAGUCGCCACCACCACCCAAGGAGCCAUACUACCCUCCACACACACCAGCCUACAAGUCACCACCUCCACCAACUCCCGUUUACAAGUCGCCACCACCACCAAAGGAUCCAUACUAUCCUCCACACACCCCAACCUACAAGUCUCCACCUCCACCAACUCCCGUUUACAAGUCGCCACCACCACCCAAGGAGCCAUACUACCCUCCACACACCCCAACCUACAAGUCGCCACCACCACCCAAGGAGCCAUACUACCCUCCACACACCCCAACAUACAAGUCGCCACCUCCACCAACUCCCGUUUACAAGUCACCACCACCACCCAAGGAGCCAUACUACCCUCCACACACUCCAGUCUACAAGUCGCCACCACCACCAACUCCUGUCUACAACUCUCCUCCACCACCUUACUAUCUUUACACCUCUCCCCCUCCUCCCUACCAUUACUUAAGAGGACAACAACAUCUCUCCUUUGUUUCAAAUAUUGGGAAAAUGGCCUCUCUAGUUGCUACUCUUUUAGUUGUUUUAGUGUCACUUAGCUUAGCUUCCGAAAGCUCAGCUAAUUAUCAAUACUCAUCUUCCCCACCACCAAAUGAGUCAUACCACCCUUCACCAAAACCUUAUAAUCCCGCACCAGUUUACAAGUCUCCACCGCCGCCAACUCCAGUUUACAAUUCUCCACCACCACCGAAGGAGACAUACUACCCUCCCCACACUCUAGUGUACAAGUCGCCGCCACCACCCAAGGAGCCAUAUUACCCUCCACACACCCCAACCUACAAGUCGCCACCACCACCCAAGGAGCCAUAUUACCCUCCACACACCCUAACCUACAAGUCGCCACCUCCACCAACUCCCAUUUACAAGUCGCCACCACCACCAAAGGAGCAAUACUACCCUCCACACACCCCAACCUACAAGUCGCCACCUCUGCCAAAUCCUAUUUACAAGUCACCACCUCCGCCAAAAGAGCCAUACUACCCUCCACACACUCCAGUUUACAAGUCGCCACCUCCAUCGACUCUAGUUUAUAAGUCUCCACCUCCACCAACUCUUAUUUACAAGUCGCCGCCACCACCUAAGGAGCCAUACUACCCUCCACACACCCCAAUCUAUAAGUCGCCACCUCUACCAACUCCCGUUUACAAUUCACCACCUCCACCAACUCCAGUCUAUAAGUCACCACCACCACCCAAAGAGCCAUACUACCCUCCACACAGCCCAGUGUACAAGUCGCCACCUCCACCAACUCCAGUCUAUAAGUCACCACCACCACCGAAAGAGCCAUUCUACCCUCCACACACCCCAGUGUACAAGUCGCCACCACCACCCAAGGAGCCAUACUAUCCUCCACAUACUCCAGUCUACAAGUCGCCACCUCCACCAACUCCCGUUUACAAACCUCCACCACCACCAACUCCAGUCUACAACUCUCCACCACCACCCCACUAUCUUUACACCUCUCCCCCUCCUCCCUACCAUUACUAAGAAGCGAUUUCAUUAUAUCUGAGGAAAGCAGAAUGUUGAGCUACAAGAAAAUAAGCCCACACAGGAGGCAAAGUACUUUUGUAGCUUCAUUUUGUAUAAGUUAUUGUUUGUACCCUGUAUUAUAUUUAUAUUUUACUUCU